UUCUGUCAGCUGCGCGGGGCGUGCGGAGGCGGCAGAGGAGGCGGGAAGGCGACAGCGGUUGAAGGGGUGAUUGUUGAAUUGCCGGGAGGAGGUUCGAGCGAGUGGGCGGCGAUGGUGAUGGCGGCGAAGAAGGGCCCCGGCCCGGGCGGCGGGGUUGGCGGGGGCAAGGCGGAGGCGGAGGCGGCCUCGGAGGUGUGGUGUCGCCGAGUGCGAGAGCUGGGCGGCUGCAGCCAGGCCGGGAACCGCCACUGCUUCGAGUGCGCCCAGCGCGGAGUCACCUACGUGGACAUCACCGUGGGCAGCUUCGUCUGCACCACCUGCUCCGGCCUCCUGAGAGGCCUGAACCCCCCUCAUCGUGUCAAGUCCAUCUCCAUGACAACUUUCACUGAGCCUGAAGUCGUAUUCCUCCAAUCUCGUGGAAAUGAGGUUUGCAGGAAGAUUUGGCUGGGUCUUUUUGAUGCUCGGACCUCUUUAGUACCAGAUUCCAGGGAUCCUCAGAAGGUGAAGGAGUUUCUCCAGGAAAAAUAUGAGAAGAAGAGAUGGUAUGUCCCCCCAGACCAAGUCAAGGGAACCACUUACACCAAAGGCAGUGCCUCUACCGCUAUCCAGGGCUCCGUGCCAGAAGGGAAGCCCCUGCGGACACUUCUAGGUGAUCCUUUGCCAUCUCUGUCAGCUGCUGCCUCCUCCUCUAGUCAGUCUGUCAGUCAGUCCCAGGCCCGGAUAUCCCAGCCCCGGGGCUCCCAGCCGCCUCCCCAGUCCUCUGUCAAGAAAGCCAGCACUGACCUGCUGGCGGACAUCGGCGGAGACCCUUUUGCUGCUCCCCAGGUGGCACCAGCUUUUGCUGCAUUCCCAGCCUUUGGGGGCCAGACACCUUCCCAUGGAGGCUUUGCCAACUUUGAUGCCUUUGGCAGCUCUUCUGCAUUUGGAGGCCUUCCUCCAGGUGGCCAAGCCCCAUUCCAGGUCCAGCCAGCGGCCACAGCCAGUCGGAUGCUAACUGGAAGCUACAGCUUUGGGAGCAGCCAGGUGCCACCAGGUGGUGCCCCUCCCCUUGCACCUGCCGGCCAGCCACCCAGCCUCACGGAUGUGGGCAGCACCCCGGGACCCAGGGCUGCGGCUGGAGCUCUCCCUAGCAGCAUCUUUGGGGUGGCUGGCCAGGUCCCCACUUUCCAGUCAGCCACCACUGGUGGCAGUGGCAGCACAGGACUUACCUUUGGAGCCUUCACCAACCCUUUCACGGCCCCGGCUGCUCACCCCCAGCUGCCUUCCACCAACCCCUUCCAGCCCAACGGCUUGGCCACAGGGCCUGGCUUUGGGAUGAGCAGUGCGGGGCCUGGCUUCCCCCAGACCGUGCACCCCACGGGGGGCUUUGCCAGCAGCUUCCCACCCCCUCUGUUCCCUGCGCAGACCUCGAUGGCCCAGCAGCAGAACGGCUCUUCCUUUGGGGACUUAGGAUCAGCCAGGCUGGGGCAGAGGCCACCAGGCCAGCCCUCCGGGAGCGCCACCAACCCCUUCAUGACUGGAUCCUCACCGAGCCCCUUUGCCUCCAAACCUCCAACCACCAACCCAUUCUUGUAGCACUGUGUCCUAGGUGGGGGGGCUUGCCCUGCUCUUGGGGGCCCCUCUGCUCUCCACAGCUCUGGUGACCACUUGCCUGUAAGAAUUUCUGAGGGUCCGAGCCUUCUUUUGCAGAGUAGGAGUCACGGGGAUGGUGGAGGUGCUAAUGCUUUGCUUGGGGCUUGCAGAAAAAGCGGGGGCUUCCAGGGUCAGCCGCCCCAAAGCCUUCCUCCCUCCUCCCUCCUCCCUCCUCCCUCCUCCAGCCCUGGCUCAGCAGGAGGCUGAGGAGUGAAGGAGGGCCCGGGCUAGAGGAGUGGUGGUGUUUGUUUUUUCACAUUAUUAAUGAUGAUGGAAAGAAUCCUCCUCCUCCUUUCCUGCCCUCAGCAUACCCAGCACGCUCCCCUCGCCCCUGAGCUGGUGGGCAGAGGUGGCUGUGAGCCCCUGCCACCAGCUCACCUUCCGGACUGGCCUCCCCGUGGGAGCUGCCUCCAAGGCACAGGCCGGAGGGGAGGCGGGGUGUCGGGAGAGUGACCUGCCAGCCCCAGGGCCCACCUCCCACCUGACCAGGAGGCCCCUCCCUCAUCCUGGCCGCCUGGGAUGACUAGUUUUACCCACAUAUAUCCAUGCCCAGCUCCCAUCAAGCACUUUAGUUAGUCAUUGGUGUCAUGUUUGGAUACCAGUAUUUUAUAUUUAUAUAGAGAGAAUUUUCUAAUAUAGCCUAUUAUAUACAUACAUGUACACACGUGGACACAUGUAUAUAAACUACAGCCAUCCUCCCUCUCCCAGGCAGCACUUUUACCGGGGAAUGGGACGAGUUCCCAUCUGUGCCUCUACCGCCAAAGCCUGAGCAGUGGGCAGGGGAGGGCAGCCGUGUCCUCACCACCCCAGGGACUGGGCUUUUCCAGGGAAAGGCUUUUUGCAAUUGGCUGUUUUUUUUUUCCCUUUCUUUUUUCCACGUGCCUCCCCCACCCCCAAAUCUCUGCACCAAAGCUCAUUGCAGGCAAUGUUGGAAAAGAACUGCAUUUGAAAGAAAAAGAAAA